AUGACUACAGUACCGCUUAUUAACGAUGUUACUGACACAUCUUCGCGACGUCACGAAAGCGCGCCCUUUCGACGGUCGUCGGAGGAGGGCAAAGAAAAGGACGCAGCGUCUAAUAUUCACCUGACUCGGCAUGUGUCUAAGACGACUUUUGCGUCUCUUAUACGACAGCUCGUUAACGUCCAAAACAAGACCCAUCCCUCUCCGUCCCACGACCCUGCGCCUUGCCUGCCGAACCUGGGCAAACUCCGAAGCUCGCUGUCUGCCGAGUCUCCUUCCGUGCCUCCCACUCUUCGUCUCGUUCCUCCUAACUUGGGGGUCACUGGGUGCUCUCAACUGCGAGCUCAGGGCUCGUACGGUCACUGCGCGCCAAGCUACCUCCAACCUAGAAGAGUGUGUCCCCAAUGGGAGCCACCUCACAUCAGCCCAUCUCAGAGCGUCUUCGAGGUUCUUGCGGCGCAAGCGCUGACAAUGGCUUGCGCCCAGCAGGGGGAGCGAGCAGCGGAGGGGCAGCUAAUACCGCGGAAACGGUCGCACGGACGCGAACACAGAGGCGUGUAUAGAGAGGGACAUGGACAGAAGGAUAGAGCACACAGGACGGCUGAUCUUGAGAAGUUGAGCAAGAGAGCAGAGCAAGCCACGGCUAGGGUAGAGGUAACAGCUGGGACAGAGGCAGUGGGAGGGACUGUGGCAAGGGCACGGCCAGAGUCAAGAGCAGGGAUGGACGCAGCAGCACGGGUAGAGGCAGCAGCAGGAGAGAUGGAGGCAGGUGGAUUCUUAGCUGAAAGCGGUGGCUCACAUCCCAGCGACCCGCCUAACUCCCAGGUGGCUCAGGCUGCUUGUCGGUUGGCUCAGGAUAGUGUAGGCCGCGCCUCUCAAUCUCAGCCGUCCGAUGGUGAAGGGGUUUAUCUGAUGGGAAUAGAUGCACUGGAAGCUGUGCUGGCGCGGAAAAGACGGGAGGAGGAAGGGGUGGAGGAGGGGGAGGGGAUUGAAAUGGAGGAAGAGGAAGAGGAAAAGGGAGAGGAGAGGGAGGAGGGAGUGUGUAUGAAGCGGAUAGAGGGGACUUCUGGAGAAGGUGAUGAUGCCGUGAGUGUAGACCUUGUUGUGGUUCUUCGUGGGGCUGUUCAUAUAGGGGAUGCUAAACUAUCGGAGGGUGAGGGGGAAGUGAAAGGGAAAGAGGGUGAGGACGACACAAGUCUGGAGCAAAGGAAGGGAAAGCAGAUGCAGAUAGAGGGUGAGAACGACACACGCCUGGAGCUAGGAAAGCAGAUGCGGAUAGAGUCAGCCAACGCACUUCAUUUCAAGGCAGAAGAGGUUUCGGGAAUUUCGCAGAGAACUUCUGUUAGGGCAGAGGAGACGAGGGCAGGGGCGGUGGAGACUAGGCCAAGGGCGGCGGAUCAGGACCGGAAGCACCCUCGAGAAAUGCGGAGAGUGAGGUCGGCGGGUAUGAGUCACGCAGCAGAAGUUGACGGGGCAGGAGGAGUAGGAGAAGGGGGGUUUGGAGCAGGGUUUUUGUUCAGAGGAGGGGAGCGAGAGCGUGCUUUCACUUUGCUGCAGCCGCCGCCGCUGCUGCUAAUCGACUCUUCUGUGGAAAGGUUCGAGGAAGGACAAGCGGAGGUGAAGGAGCAAUGGGGCGAAAGGGACAGGCAGGGAGCGGGGGAAAGGGUUGGGGGGGAGGAGGGACUAUUGGCGAGGAAUGUGCCUGGUUCUGUGUGUCAGGAGAUUCCUCAGGCGACGUCUGAGGCGCCUCAAAAGGCGGAGGAGGGACAAUUGGCGAGGAAUGCGCCUGGUUCUGUCUGUCAGGAAAUUUCUGAGGCUCCUGAAAGGGCUGAAGCAGAGGAAGCGGAUGGAGCAGAGGAAAGAGCUGAAGGGGAGAAAGUGGAUGGGGCACAGGAAAGUGCUGAAAGGGGGGAAGCGGAUGGGGCAGGGGAAAGUGCUGAAGGGGAGAAAGCGGUUGGGGCAGAGGAAAAAGGUGAAGGGGAGGAAGCAGAUGGAGCAGACGGAAGGGAUGAAAGGGAGGAAGCGGAUGAAGCAGAGGAAAAGGCUGGUGGCCAGUCCGCAGAGGAAAAGGCUGGUGGCCAGUUUCUAGAGUACAUGUCACCAUCGCACCUUUCCUCCUGCUCCACACUCCCCCUCACUCACUCCCCUCCCUUGGCCGCCACCACCACCACCACCACCACCACCACCGCCACCGCCACCGCCACCAGCACAGCAUCCGUCCUCCCUGCCCCAUCCCCGUCCCUUUCUCCCACCCCUUCGGCACAUCCUUCCCUUUUCCCGUUCCCCUUCCCCUUUCCCUUCCCCUUCCAUCUUCCUCCAUUCUCUGCUGAAACCACCCCUUCGUCCUCCAACUAUCCCUCUCGCUUUACCACUCCAGCCCCCCACCCGCUCCCACACUCCUUCCUGAACACCCCGGCUUCCGCCACCCACUCCUCCCUACACCGCCCUUUCUCCCUGUACCGUCCCAUAUCGCCCUCAAACCGCUCUCUAUCCUCUAAAACUCCGUACAGCCCUUCCUCGUCGACCCUUUCUCCCGCUCUUAAUGCAACGCGAAGAGCAGCAUCGUACUCAGCAGGGGGCUCCCAUCCUGCUCCGGCCCCUGCAGCAGCUGCAGCAGGCUCCGGCUGUAGCAGAGUUCCCGUCAGUGCUGCUACAGCUGGGUGCAGGUCGGCAGGCUCCGGCUGUAGCAGCGUUCCUGCCAGUGCUGCUACAGCGGGGUGCAGGUCGGCAGGGUCCGGCAUGGCAGUGGGCAGCAGCAGGAUGAGCAGCUUCAGCGAGUUUAGCCUGCCUCCAAACGCCCUGGAUGAAGAGAGGAACCACUCCGCAUGGCAUGGGGCGCUGAGGCUCAGAGGCAGCAGCAGGUGGGACACUGCUGAGUGUGACACUGCCAGGUGUGCCACUGCAGAGUGUGACUCUGUCAGGUGUGACUCUGGCAGAUGUGUCCCUUCACAAAACGAGAAAACAGAUAAGAAGUCGCCAGGGAAGAGAGUUCUGGGCGGGCCUGCAGCAGAAGGAGCCAGUUACGGGUGGGGAGUGGGGCUGCUGAGGCAUGGCGACGCUCUGAAGCAAGGAGGAAGCGAGGAUAUGAGUGAACAUGGGGGGGCGAGCUCGAGUGGUGAGGCGACUUUUGAGGCGCCUCAAAAGCUUGACGAUGCUCUGAAGCACGGAGGAAGCGAGGAUAUGAGUGAACUUGGGGGGGCGAGCUCGAGUGGUGAGGCGUCUCAAGCCUCCAGUUACGGCUGGGGCGUGGGGCUGUUGAGGCAGAGAGACGUUCUGAAGCAAGGAGGAAGGGCGGAAGCGAGGAUGAGAGAUGCUGGGAAUGUUAUGAGUGAGCAUGCGGGUGUUAUGGAGCGGGGGUGUGUGGAGGAACGGAGGAUGGAAGUUACCUUGGCUCUGAUCAAGAGCAGGGGCGGUGGGGAGUUGGGCAACGAACGAACGGGGCAUGAUUUGGGUGCAAGCAGCAGCAGGGCUGGUGAGGGAACAAGCAUUGGAGGGAGCAGCAUUGGAGGGAGCAGCAUUGGAGGGAGUGGCUUCGUGGGGAACAGAAACAAUCUGCUUGCGAUGCUGGUCUCGCUACAGCAGUCGCACAGUCAGCAGGAUUGUGAGACCCGUCGACAAGAGAGCAGGCUUUUAAACGGGGGCUCGAUGGGGAGAAGGAAGGGGAGCAGCUGGGGCAGAAGCAAGCGAAGCCGGGGAGAGCGGUCAAUGAGGAGUAAGGGGUUGGUUGGACGGAUUGAGGAAGAGGAGGGAGAGGAAGGGGAGGAGCGAGAGGAGGGGAGUGGGGCUAGACAGGAGGGGAGGAGGAAGGAGGAGGAGGGUGAAAAAGGGGAGUGUAAGGAUCUUCAUAGCCUGGUGCACGAAUGGCUGGAGAUGGAAGGAGAGGCUGAGCUGGCGAGCGGUGAUUCGCCGAUUCUGGACAUAAUAACUCUCACAGCGCAGGGUGAAGCGUUUGAACCGCCUCAGCAACUGCUGCCCCUGUCUCUAGCUCGUGGGGGAUGCCAGAUUGGGCCUUCACAGGCGUUGGAGGGGAAAGACGAGGAGGGAGGUGGGGAGUGGGAAGAGACGGAGGGGGAAACGAGAGAGGGGGGUGAGAGGGAAGGGACAGGGGAAGGGAGUGGGACGGAGGGAGGAGAGGGAGGUGAGGGCAGAGGGGGAAGGGGAGAGAGCAAUGGAAAGGGCGGAGAAGGGGGAGCAGGGGGAGGAGGGGGAGCAGAGGGGGCAGGCGGAGUGGGGAAUGAUGGGGAGGAGGGUGAUGGAGGGGAGGGUGAUGAAGAGGGGAAUGGUGGACAGGGAAGUGGGAAUGGGGAUGGAGGGGAGGAAGGGGAGGAUGGGGAGGAGGAGGAUGGCGGUUGUGAGAGAGAGGAGGGGGUUGAAGAAGAGGAGAAGGAGGAAGAAGGGGUGGAGGAGAAUGAGGAGGGUGAGAGAAGGGCGGAUGAAGAGGAGGUUUUGCAGGAAAAGGGAGAGAAGUCGCUGUUAUGUAGGCAGCAUGAGGGAGUGGCAGCGUCAGGGACAGUAGCAGAGGACUUAAAAGCGCGGGUAUACUCCAAUGCGAGGCAGACGAAACGGCUGAGGUGGAAUCAGAGGCAGCGGUCGCAGCUGGGAGCAAACAAGCCGCAGUACAGACUGCAGAGACGGCUGAUGUAG